AUGGUGGUGAUGAUUGGGACGAUUGGACUCCUGGUCUCUUGCGCACAAAAGUCGAAGAUUGCCCGCGAGCGCAACGCGGCGCGCAAGGCGGCGGCAGGCAAGGGCUCGCAGCUGAAGGCGAUCAAGAAGGCGCAGAGCAUUCAGUGCAAGGUCUGCUUCCAAACGUUUAUGUGCACCUCGUCGCAGGCCUCGCUGCAGGCCCACAUCGAUGCCAAGCACUCGAAGCUCAACAAGACGUUUGCCGGGUGCUUCCCCGACUACGAGGCUGCCGCCGCCAGCUCGACCGCCUCCAAGAAGGCAUCGAAGAACAAGGCCAAGGGUAACGCCAAGGGCGGCAAGAAGCGCUGA